CUCCCGCGUGACGUCAGACGCAGGCGGGGUGCGGGCGGCGAGGCGGCGCUCCGGGAGCGGGCGGCGAUCGCGGAGCCGGGCGGUCGGUGGCGGGCGGCCGGUCGGUCCGGUUACCCGGGAUACGGGACAGGAGACGCGGCGGCUGCGUUCCCCCCUCUCUACCGUCCUCCCCGCUCACCCCCAGUGGCCAUGGGGGCCGGCUGUGUCCCACCGAUCUGGGCUCGAUGCGGCCGCUUUCUCUCGACAUCUGCAGCCUCCCGCCUGUCGAGCACAGAGCUGCUUCAGAAGCGCAGCAAGCUGUUCGAUCAGGAGAAGGCCAGGCAGCAAGCACUGGUGCCGCGGAUCGAGAAGAUCGAAGUUAAACAUGUGGGGAGGCCUGAACCGGGAGCAGUGUUCAUCAUGAACAAGGGCCUGUCAACACCCUACAACUGUGCCAUGCACAUCAGCAACUGGUGUGUCAGGCGGUCUAUACUUGCACUUGUAGAUGGAGAGGUCUGGGACAUGUACAAACCCCUGGACAAAUCCUGUGACAUCCAGUUCCUCACCUUUACGGAUGAGAACCCUGAAGUCGUUAACCAGGCUUAUUGGCGAUCGUGUGCCAUGAUGAUGGGCUAUGUCCUUGAGACAGCGUUUAAAGAUGAGUACGCUGUUGAGCUGAUCCGAGCACCAGAAGUAGCAGUGAUCGCUGGAGCUUUCUGUUACGACGUGAUAUUGGACAGCCGGUUGGAUGAUUGGAAACCCUCGGAGGAGAACUUACGGUCCCUGACUCAAGAGGCUCACCGGCUUAUCCAUAACGACCUGCCCUUCGAGUCGCUGGAGGUGUCGCCCAAUGUGGCCGCAGAGAUCUUUAAGGAGAACAAGCACAAGCUGGUCGCCAUUGAGGAGCAGGCAUCCCUCCACCCCAAGAAACUGGUAAAGUUGUACAGGUGCGGUGAUUUCGUUGAUGUCAGCGACGGGCCGCACAUCUCCCGGACCGGAGUCUGCUCGCAGUACGAGAUCACCGCUGCCCACAAUCUGAGCACGAGCCGGCCCGGCCUGGAGCGGAGAUUCCAGGGGAUCUCACUACCCCUUCAACUGAAGACCCUUUUCUCUGUAUGGGGAAGAUUAAGGCAGCGAUCCCAAAAACUGGUUACAGAGGACAGAAAUCGCACAGAUAACAAAAGUCAAGCAAUAGUGUGCGAGGAGAUUGGAGAGCGAGAGGUGGAGCAGGAAAGGUCACCCGGUCUGCCUUAGUUACGGCUCAAUGAAUAAAUGGACAAAUUACACGCA